CUACGUAUAUAAACUCGACGGGGCGAGACGCGAGUUCAGAAGUUUCGUGCUACUCCUUCAUCUACGUAUCGGAAAUAGGAAGAGAAGCGCGUUGAAAAGGAUUCUUCGUGAUACGAGUAUCGAUCAGCUGAUCGAUCAGCGAAUCGAGAGAAGGGUCACAGCUUUGAUUUCUCGCGCAAAUCUCGUCUGUCCCUUCUUUACGCCUCUGUAGUUUUCAAGGCUUCGAAGUCAACAGCAGAAAAGCAUCAUGAAGGCGAUUUUCAUAUUGAUGUUGUUCGGCCUUGGUGUAUGUUUGGCCAAUCCUCUGGAGAAGAAGGAAAAGAUAAGCGUCGUCGAGCAGCAGUCUGUGACGCUAACAGAUCGAGCUAAGUACGAGGAAGAACUUCUUCGAAAACUCAACUCGAAAUGCUCCCAAAACGACAUCAGCAGUUGCGUGAUGUUGAAGUUGGUGACAUACAUGAACAAGUUGCUGAAGAAGGCUUCGAUCGAACUCACGGACGACAUUGAAAUCAGAAAGACAAGUCAGACGUCAGAAGAUGUGAUUACGUUCGAGGCCGGCAGAAGCAAAGACGAUGAGAUUCAGGUCCUUGAUCUCGUCGCGAAUAAAGUUUACGCCUUCAUCAAAUCGAGAAGUAUUAAAUGGAGAAUUCUACCAGAAGACGAUAUCGUUGUAUCUGCAUCGGAAGACGAGACCGGUUCAUUAAACUUGGGCUUGUCUAUUGAACGCGCCGAUAGACCCGUUCAAGAUGGCCGUGGAAAGAAGAACAAUAUGGGUCCGUUAAUCGCCGCAGCCGUCUUGAAAAUUGGUCUCAUCGGCGGUCUUGCGUUCAAGGCUCUUGCCCUCUUGGUCGGCAAGGCUCUCCUUUUGUCGAAGAUCGCGCUUCUAUUGGCCAGUAUCAUAGGUCUAAAGAAACUCUUCUCGCAAGGAAAGCACGUGACCUAUGAGGUGGUAGCGCAUCCUCACCAUGGCUCGAGUCAUUCGUUCGACCAUGGCGGCCACGAUAGUUACUCCAGCGGGUGGGCGAGAAGUUUCCACGAACAAACGCCGAUUCCUGGACAGCCAGACGCUCACGAGCUGGCUUAUGCGGCGCACGUGAAGUGAUUGACUCCUACCAUUGGAAGCAGGAUCCAAAAAUCGCCGAGAUCGACGUUUGAGAUGAGAAGUGCGACGUUCUUGGAUCCGUACCAAACGUAUUCUUCUGAAUCACCGCUAGAUUUACAUUCCACAGAAUAUUUAUUUCUAUCCAUAAUUAUCUAUUUUACUGUGUCCUUUUUUCUCUUUCAUUUUUUUUAUCGUCAAUAUUGUGAUCCUCUUUAACUUUCUUUCACCUUUUCUUUCUCUCUUUUUUCUUUAAUACUAUUAUACCUAAAUUUCCGAACGACUGCACGACGCAUGAAUACGUCAAUGACACACAACGACGCACGUGUUUAUGACAACGGCGACAUCAGGAUGUCACAUCACGAUUUACGGAUACGUGGGCAGGAAACUCUUGGAUGCGUACGUAUGGAGGAUACGCGUCACAAGAAUCUUACCUACUUUCGCGACUCUACUUGUGAAUAUAAUUGCGGAUACUGCGAGACUCUCGUCAUUAGAACAUCAAAUUACGCAUGAGCGUUAUAUUCUUCUCGCUUCUCACAUUACAGUAUUUAGAUCUGUGAUAUCUCGAGAGCUUAGCUUGUAUGUUCGCAUUAAACGUUAAACGUGAUUAUUCUACUUUCAGUUUGUAUUCUUACCAUAUAUUUGACACUAGAUAUAACUGUCAUUUCAUGUUGAAUACAAUCUUCAUUCUAAAUGGAUCAAAUUCAAUGCUGCAGAUUAUAAUAUAUCUGCAUUUGACAUUAAAUGUGCGCGGUUAAAUGAACAUGAGAGAAUGCUGUUGUUUACCUUUUAUUAUUUUCAUUCUAUAUUUAUUAUUCAUUUAUAUAUUUAUAAGAUUUUUAAAAUUAAGAAUUUUACAUUUAUUACAGCUAAUCACUUUUAACGUUAAAUGUUAUUCGAAAUCAGAACACAAGAUGUUAUGAAAUAAGGUUAAAAUCAAGAUUUUAUAUCAUAGAAUGACAUAAUAUUAAAAACUUUCUAAGCUCUCUUUUCAUCAGCUUUUCGGAGAUUUCUAUGUAAUUUUAGUGAUCGUGAAGAGAGAAAUAUAUUACUAAAUUGUCUCUAUUUUUGUAAAUAAUUAGUAAAUAGUAAAAUAAUUACACAUAUACUGUGUAAUUAAUUUAAUGAUUAUUACUCUAAAAAUUUUAAAUUGAAAUGUGUUAUCUUCAACAGAGAGUCUUGUAGUGAUUUACUUGACACAACAGACGGACAAGAUAUAUAGAUUCUUCUUUAACAGAAGAACAAUAACUGUGUCACAAUGACGAAAAAUAAUGACUGAACUACACAAA